AAGGGAAAUGUUAUGUUUUUACACACUGAUCCAGGGGAUUCGAGAAUAUUCAAAGGUAAUUGUACAUAGUUUAAUUGCUUUAGAAGACAAAGAAAAUCCAAACAAAAUAAAAAUUCAAAAAUUUCCAAAAAUAUUUUCGAAGACCCAAACUCAAAGGGGGUUUAUGUCUCGUACUUUAACCUUGACCCAGGAGUCUGGGGUCUUCAUAUUUUUUUAGGUCGCGGUCAAGGGAAUCAAUUAGAGGAAGCUGAGGAGGCCAUGCCAAGUGAAGAGGUGGAAGAGCUUAGGAAGGAGGUGCAGGAGAUGAGGAAAGAAGUGCAAGACGUUAGGAAGGAAAUGCAGCUGAUGAGGAAGGAGAUGAUGAAGGAACUAGGUGGGGUACGAAAGGAACUCAAUGGGAGUCGGGAGGAAGUGAAAGGUCUGAGCAGCAACGUAGCAGAUUUGGCCACGAAAUGUGCCAAGCAAAGUGAAAGAGUGGCGGAAGCUGUAGAGAUAUCUACGAGGAUGUUGAAAUGGCUGCAUCAGACGCUUCCCUUGACCCAGUCGAAGUCGACUCCUGGGUCAAGUGGCGAGGCACAGAAGAUCAUCCACAGCAGUCCCUCGAUCAAGCCAUUCCAGCAGUUGACCACCCCGACUAUUCCCGAGAAAGUUCCAAAUCCACCGAGGACGAAAAUGCUAAUGAGGAAACCAGGACUCGAUCAAGCUGCAGAAGGAAAGGAAGAGCUGGAGCAACCAGCGAAGAAGAAAGUGAAAACAAACCGCCCCAGUGUUCCACCACCGUCUGGCUCUCGCGGGAGCCAGCCCCAGAAAUGAGCAAUUUCCCCAGACCAAGUAAAUUUUAGUUUUUGUGUUUCUUUUUCUGUGUUUUAUUUCCAUGCGUUGCUGUGUUUUAUGCUAUCUUCUCCCACUUAGCCCAAUGCUUGGUCUAAGUGUGAGAAGUUCUAUGUUUUCUGUUGGUUUAUUCUUCUCCCACUUAGCCCGUUGCUCGGUCUAAGUGUGAGAAGUGAAAUUGUUGUUUAAUUCUGCAUUGAAUUCUCUGUUUUCCCCCCUUCACGACGAUGGCUUGAGGACAAGCUUGAGUGAAGUGGGAGGGGGAGAGGAAUCAAUGCAGUGUUAUUAUGCUUUGAGGAGUUGUAGGUCUAGGAUUGUAUCGCAUGAACUAGUGGAUAUAAUACGGCAGAUUCCCUUAGGGAGAGUAAUUGAAAAUAGGAGGUAUUCCAACUUAGAAGCCUGAUUCUUUAGUAAGCCGAACCAAUCUGAAUGAAGCGAGAACGAUAGUAAAUGCCUUUACUUGCCUAGUUGUGAAGCCCUACUCUAGAGGUGAGUUAUAAGCCUGUGAUAACACUUAGAGCUAACACAUGUCAAAAGUCUGCCACUGAAUGCUGAAGGAAAAGAGAAAAGAAAAAAAUAAUAAAAAAAAGGGAAAGGAGAAAAUAUAUAAUCAUAAAAUCUGGAGGUAUAAG